UUUCUCCCUGAUGUCCCUCCCCCUGGCAUCCCUCCCUACCUCCCCCCCACCCCAUUGUGCCAUUCCCAUUUCAGCCACCCUAGUCUUGCUUGAAUCCUUAGCUUCCCUGUCUUGGAAAUCACAGGUUGCUGUCAAUCCCUCUCGUCUGGCGCUGUCGAUUGAUGUGUAUUCUGCUGGGUACUGUGUGAACCUAAUUUAGAAGCCUCAGAGAUUUUGCUACUUCUCAGACCAUCCGCUGUCAAGCAGUAUUCAGCGAGCUUGUUCUUCGUUGAGGUUGCUUAGGCCGCCGCCAGGUGCUGGUUUCGCUUCUCAAGCUAACCUUCAGCUAAAGUCUGAACUUCACGGAUCUUCUCUCAUGUUCUGAGUUUAGGGUAAACCCGAGAUGAAGUGUGCACGUUAGUUUCUAGCCAUAUUCGCCAUUGUCGACUCAACCUCUUAGUUCACGCGAAGGACCUUCUUAAUCCAGUCAUUCCUCUUCACUAUCCAUCACGUUUCCUGUUAGCGCCAUAUAAGCUUUCAGUAUCUGGCAAUGGACGGGGUACUAUGGUUUGUAGGGGUAUUGAUAGCCCUAGUAUGCACACUCGUAGCCGUUUUUCUAUCAGUACGGCAUAUGAUUCAGCAUCUACAAAAUUAUACGGAGCCCACCUUUCAACGGUACAUCGUCCGAAUCAUCUUCAUGGUUCCGGUGUAUGCAACCAUGUCGUUCUUCGCUCUGGCUUUUAGCGAGUACGCGAUGUAUUUCAACACCAUCCGCGACGUGUACGAGGCGUGGGUGAUCUACAACUUCCUGUCGCUGUGUCUCGCUUGGGUGGGGGGUCCCGGUGUGGUCGUGACGUCUCUCGCCGGCCGCGUGCUCAAGCCGUCCAUCGUCCUUGGCACUUGCUGCCUGCCCGCCAUGCCUCUUGACGGGCGGUUCAUCCGUCGCUGCAAGCAGGGAUGUCUGCAGUUCGUGUUCCUCAAGCCCAUCUUAGCCGCGCUUUCCCUCAUCCUGUACUCGUACGGGCUGUACAACGACGGCAACUUCAGCGCGUUCGACUCGUACCUGUACAUCACGUGCGUGUACAUGCUCUCCUACUCCGUCGCCAUCUACGCGCUCAUCCUCUUCUACGUCGCCUGCAAGGACCUCCUGCACUCCUUCAACCCCAUCCCCAAGUUUCUCAUGAUCAAGGCCGUCGUCUUCCUCACCUACUGGCAGGGCGUUAUCAUUUUCCUCAUCGCCCAUUUCACGGCCAGCCCAGAGGGAGCAGCGGACCUGCAAAACGUCAUCAUCUGCUUCGAGAUGGCGCUAGGCGCGCUCGGGUUCAUGAUUGCUUUCCCAGUCAAGCCCUACAUGGUCGCGAACGUGGGCACUGCAGGGGCCGGGCCCAUGGAUUUCCAGGGGUUCGGGCUGGCAGGGCUGGGCCUGGCGAACAUGACAGAGGAGCAGAAGAGCGCGCUGAUUUCGGCGUUUAAGCAUUCUGUCAAUAUGGGGGAUGUGGUCAGCGACACGGUUCACCAGUUCGCGCCCACGUACCAUGACUAUGUGCUGUACAGUGAUGGGUCGCAGGACAAGCCCCAACACUACCGCACUCGAACAUUCGUUCCAGCAGGCAAGGAGAUGGAGAACGCGCGGCGCAUGGGGCAGACCUUCAGCUCGGGCCGCACGGGUCUUCUCACUGCAGAAGCCACGGCCUCGGAGCGCCGCUUUGCCAACCUCUUUGCCUCCAUCACCCCUGGCGCUGCUGCUGCUGGUGCUGCCGGUGCUGCUACAGCUGCAACUACAGGUGCUGCUGGCGGGUCUGCUACAGCAGUUGAUGGUUCUGUUGCUGGGUUGGGCAGUGGGGUAGCAGGUGUAGGCUCUGCAGGUGCUGCUGCAGCAGCAAGCGGGUCGGAAUCUACAGACACGCCAGCAGGAGCAGCUGCAGCGGCAGCGGCGGCUGCGGCAGCUGCAGCCGCUGCGGCGGCUGCUGCUGCUGCCGCCGCCGCCUCAAGAAUUAAGGGUGAGACGGUUGUAAGCAUUCGGCAUGACAUAGAUGACCCGAACGCUGCUAUCCUGGGAUCGCCCACUGAAGAGCCCUCGAGUUCGUACGAUCCUGCUCCACUCAAGAAGACAGACUCGUCGAUCUCCCGAAGCAGCAGCAAGGGAGGAGAGGAAGUUGGUGUGAGGGAUAGCGGAAGGAGCUUGUCAGGGAGAAGGGGGAGUGGGUCGGAGGGUGAGCCGCUGUCGCGGCGGACGUCAAGCAUUAAUGAGGAGGAGGAUUCGCGGUUGAGACGCAGCUCAGGGGCAGUGAGCAAGAAAGAGAAUGAGUUUGGGUUCCUGAUGAACGAGGAUGAUAUGAUUGAGGAGGGGGAUCCUCGGCUUGACCUUGAGGGGUUUGUAAGCGGGUGAUAUCGAGUGGAAGGUUUCAAGCUGUCAAAUUGUUAGGAAUUGCAUAUCAAUCGGGUAAAUAUGAUUAUUUUGUUCAUUGCAUAUUUGGUUAGAUGCACAUACGUUUCGUGUUUAGGUUUCUCGCUGUUCAUGGGAUUUUGUAACACUACGCCUUUGCGAUACUU